CCACCUCGUAACUUACAUUCAAUGGGAAGCAAGAAGAGAUCCCGUACUGUACAAGAACCCGUCGAGCCGUUAAAAAACAGUGUAGACUGGGAAAGCGAGGCUGCAAAAAAGAAGACGAAGCUAAACGUUGACGAAGAGGAGGAAGAGGAAUCCGACAAGACCCUUUUACCGGUUGAAACGCUGACUGAGCAGAUCACAAACGAAGAUUUCAGAAUUGUAGCUGGAUCGUAUGAGCGUAUCUUGUAUGGAGUCAACGCCUUUUGGGAAACAAAGAAGGAUAAUGAGUUAUCAUUGCGCUUGGAGCCUGUCUUUAUCUUCCCAGCACAUACUGGAUGCAUUAGAACAGUUGCUGUAGGAGGCUCUCAUCUUGCAUCAGGAAGUUCCGAUGAGGUUAUCAAGUUGUAUGACUUGAAAAAACGCAAAGAACUCGGUGCCUUAGCUGGACAGCAACAAGGUGACAUCAACUCAAUCGAAUUUUAUGGAAAAUAUAUGCUCACUGCCAGUGAUGAUGGAACUAUCUGUAUCUGGCGGUCAAAAGAUUGGGAAUUAUUGAAAACAAUGAAGGGUCAUCAAGGUCGUAUAAACUCCAUAUCAAUUCACCCCUCCGGAAAGAUUGCUUUGUCAGUCUCUGCUGACAAAACUGUUCGUUUGUGGAAUUUGAUGACGGCACACAAAGCGAGCGUGCACAAAAUUGGAAAGGAGGGAAUGGUUGUUCGAUGGAAUACUGCAGGAACUCAGUAUGCUAUUCUUUUUGAGAGACAGCUCAUCAUUUACAACGUUGCUGAUGCCCAACCUGCCGUCACCAUUGACUCAAGGACAAAAUUACUCUCCAUGGAGUACUAUAAGGACACAAAUACAGAUAAGGAAUACCUUGUGGUUGGAAGUGAGGACCGUAGUUUCAGAGUCUGGGAUGCAGAGACUGGAGACAAGGUUGCCGAAGUGAGCCAACACAAAAUGCGAGUUAAGGCCAUCGAUAUCAUUAGAACAACACCACGCGAAGGAGAGCACGAGCCUGUCGAUGUUCUUGUCUCUGUUUCAUCUGAUGGUAUGAUGAAAUGCUGGGAUUUACAAAAAGUUAUCACAAGCAAAGGCGAGAAUAUGACCCCGUUGGGUGAAUACGAUGCAAAGUGCAGAAUAACUUGCUGUACUGUGAACCUUGGUUACAAAGUUCCAAAGCAGUCAGAGCAAACGGAAGCUGCCGAGUAAACCUGCUGCUUUUAGUAAACCACCCUGUUCAACCUAUUGUCACCUCUGCUUGUAUCAUAACGUAGAUUAUAAUCAUCCUCAUUCAUGCAAAUAAAAACAACCACAAAUUAAAUCUAUA